AUGGCCAAGUUUUCAGUUGUCUCAGUACAGAUUCAGGGUAACUAUAGCUGGGCUGUGUGCAUAGGAUGUUGUAAAUUAAACCAUAAACUACAGCCUGAAGUUCAGUUCUGGGUCAAGCACAACGCUAAAAUACCGCGUUGGCUCCCGAGCGCGCGACGACCGGCGCGGGCAGCAGCCUGGCGCGCCGAUGUGGCUGCCGUGGUCAUGCAGGAGGGGCUGGCCCAUGUCUGCCUUGUCACACCCAGCAUGACCCUCACACGUGCCAAGGUGGAGGUGAACAUCCCGCGCAAGCGCAGAGGGAACUGCUCGCAGCACGACCGGGCCCUCGAGAGGUUUUAUGAGCAGGUGGUGCAGGCCAUCCAGCGGCACAUCAACUUCGAAGUGGUGAAGUGCGUGCUGGUGGCCAGCCCGGGCUUCGUGCGGGAGCAGUUUUGUGACUACAUGUUUCAGCAGGCGGUCAAGACCGACAACAAGCUCCUGCUGGAGAACAGGUCCAAGUUCCUGCAGGUGCACUCUUCUUCUGGACAUAAGUAUGCACUGAAGGAAGCCCUAUGUGACCCAGCUGUAACUAGCCGGCUCUCUGACACCAAGGCAGCUGGUGAGGUCAAAGCCUUAGAUGAUUUCUACAAAAUGCUGCAGCACGAGCCGGACCGGGCCUUUUAUGGUCUAAAACAUGUGGAGAAGGCCAACGAAGCCAUGGCUAUUGAUACCCUGCUGAUCAGUGAUGAGCUCUUUCGGCACCAGGAUGUGGCUACCCGCACUCGAUACGUUAAAUUGGUAGAUAGUGUGCGGGAGAACAUGGGCACGGUGCGCAUCUUCUCCAGCCUUCACGUGUCUGGGGAGCAGCUGGGGCAGCUGACAGGGGUGGCAGCCAUCCUGCGCUUCCCUGUUGCUGAGCUCUCUGACCAAGAAGAUGAAUCCAGCUCCGAAGAAGAUUGAUGGUGACUUCAUUCCACCUUUUUUUUUCUCCCAGUUGACAUUGAAAAGACAGCUUCCCUUCCUAAAGACUGUGUGUAGAUGUGCCAUGACAUGUAAUUUAAGUUUUUUUGAUAGCAUUC